UCGUGGCCACCAAUGGCUUCUUCCACCACCCCUCUGAUUACUCCUCAUGACCUCGAACGCCGGCCGGAAUCCACCGGAUCUCCGUCCGGUGGGUCAACCACCGGCAAGGUCCUCGCUGGUUUGUUGGUUUCCAUGCUGGUCCUUUCAUCUUUGGUCGCUGUAAUUCAUAACCAGUUACAAAAACCAGAAGGAAGUUCAGGAUCACCGGAGAUUGAGGUGAAACCGUCGUCAAGAGGGGUGGGGUGGCCGGAAAAGAUGGUGGGUGCGGCUGACAGCGUUGAAUGGCAACGAUCUGCUUACCAUUUUCAGCCUGAUAAGAACUUCAUCAGUGACCCUGAUGGUCCAUUAUAUCACAUGGGUUGGUACCAUUUAUUCUACCAGUACAAUCCUGAAUCAGCCAUUUGGGGAAACAUCACAUGGGGUCACGCCGUCUCCAAGGAUCUCAUCAACUGGUUCCACCUCCCAUUAGCCAUGGUUCCCGAUCACUGGUACGACAUCCAAGGCGUCAUGACUGGUUCCGCCACCAUCCUUCCCGACGGCCAAAUCAUCAUGUUAUACAGCGGCAAUGCCUACGAUCUCUCUCAGCUCCAAUGUCUCGCUUAUCCCGUCAAUUCCUCCGAUCCCCUUCUCCUCCACUGGACCAAAUACUCCAGCAACCCCAUCCUCUUCCCUCCUCCCGGCGUCGGUCUCAAAGACUUCCGAGAUCCGUCAACUCUGUGGGUCGGACUCGACGGUAAGUACCGAAUGGUUAUGGGAUCCAAGCACAACGACACCAUCGGUUGUGCCCUAGUUUACCACACCACCAAUUUCACCCAUUUCGAGCUGUUGGAUGAGGUGCUCCAUUCGGUUCCGGGUACGGGUAUGUGGGAAUGUGUGGAUCUUUACCCGGUAUCCACCACCGAUACAAACGGGUUGGAUAUGUCGUAUCAUGGGUCAGGUGUUAAGCACGUGCUGAAACAAAGUGGGGAUGAAGAUAGGCAUGAUUGGUACGCGAUCGGGUCGUAUGACCCGGUUAAGGAUAAAUGGUAUCCGGACGAUCCGGAAAUGGAUGUGGGUAUCGGGUUAAGAUAUGAUUAUGGAAAGUUUUACGCAUCGAAGACCUUUUAUGACCCGAGUAAGAAAAGACGGGUCUUAUGGGGUUAUGUUGGAGAAACGGAUCCUCCGAAAGAUGACCUCAUUAAAGGAUGGGCAAAUAUUUUGAACGUUCCAAGAACCGUGGUGUUGGACACGAAGACGGGAAGCAAUUUGAUUCAAUGGCCCGUUGAGGAAACAGAGACGUUGAGGUCUAAAAAGCAUGAAUUUAAAGAUGUCAUGUUGCAUCCUGGAUCAUUCAUCCCGCUUGAUGUAGGCAUGGCCACACAGUUAGAUAUAAGUGCCUCAUUCGAGGUUGACAACGAGAUGUUGGGUGCAACCCUAGAAGCCGAUGUUCUGUUCAACUGCACCACAAGCGAGGGUUCAGCCACGAGGGGUGUUUUGGGACCGUUUGGGCUUGUGGUUCUAGCCGAUGCAGCACUUUCCGAGCAGACUCCUGUGUAUUUCUACAUCGCGAAAAACAUCGAUGGCACCUCAAGAACUUACUUUUGUGCUGAUGAAUCAAGAUCAUCAAAGCUUUUAGAUGUGGGCAAAAUGGUAUAUGGCAGCAGUGUUCCUGUACUCCAUGGUGAAAACUACAACAUGAGGUUACUGGUGGACCAUUCAAUAGUAGAAAGCUUUGCACAAGGAGGAAGAACAGUGAUAACAUCAAGAGUGUAUCCUACAAAGGCAAUCUAUGAAGCAGCCAAACUAUUCUUGUUCAACAAUGCCACUGGCAUCAGUGUUAAGGCAUCUCUCAAGAUAUGGAAGAUGGGUGGGGCACAACUUAACCCUUUCCCUCUUUAGAUGGGUUCAGUUUUUGGGCAAUCAAUGGGUUCACCAGGGGCAUUUGUGGUAAUUUGCUAAGCUUCUUGUAGUAGGUGUAAGCAUAUAAAUUCGAUUAUUCAUGUUUUCUUGUCUCAAAUGUAUUUCGGUAGUUUGCGUAUUUCACAAA